AUGUUUCGUCUUAUAGUAGCUGCUCUUGCUUUAUUCGCUUUUGUUAACGGUGAAAGUUGUGAAUCUCCACAAUUUAAAGGUGUUUCACAUUCAACAAGAGAUGGAAGAUUAACAGUUGAACCAGCAGCUCAAGUUGAAAUCACAGUUAAAUGCAAAAGUGGAAAACAACCAAGUACAUUAUAUGCAGAUAUUAAUGGACAAGUUGUUCCCUGUGCUCAAUCAGCUACAUCACCUGGAAAAUACUUUGUUGGUGUCGCAGCUGCUACACAUAAAGAAUUAGCAAAAGGACGUACAGCUAUUAAAUUAUAUGAUGACGAAUCAUAUUCAUCUUUACGUAAAGCUCGUACAGAUGAAGCAAUAAAAGCAGUUAAACCAUUUGGUCAAGUUGAAUUAAAUCAUCCAGGUGUAAGUUAUGGUCCAUGGUUACCCAGUGAAUUCUUUGCUGUUAGUGCUUUUGGAGUUGUUUGGUGGGUUGCAUACCGUGAACGAUCGAAAAUUCUUAGUUGA